ACACUGACCACCACACCAACCGCCACUCCAAUAACCACACUGACCAGCACACCGACCACCACACUGACCACCACACCAACCGCCACACUGACCACCACACCAACCGCCACACUGACCACCACACCAACCAUCACACUGACCACCACACCAACCACCACACCAACCACCACACCAACCACCACACCGACCACCACACUGACCACCACACCAACCACCACACUGACCACCACACCAACCACCACACCAACCACCACACCAACCACCACACCGACCACCACACUGACCACCACACCAACCACCACACUGACCACCACACCAACCGCCAUGCCAAUAACCACACUGACCACCACACCGACCGCCACACUGACCACCACACCAACCAUCACACUGACCACCACACUGACCACCACACCAACUGCCACACUGACCACCACACCAACCACCACACUGACCACCACACCAACCACCACACUGACCACCACACUAACCGCCACACUGACCACCACACUAACCGCCACACUGACCACCACACCAAUCACUACGCCGACCACCACACCGACCGCCACACCAACCGCCACACUAACCGCCACACUGACCACCACACCAACCGCCACACUGACCACCACACCAACCGCCACGCCAAUAACCACACUGACCACCACACCGACCGCCACACUGACCACCACACCAACCAUCACACUGACCACCACACCAACCGCCACUCCAAUAACCACACUGACCAGCACACCGACCACCACACUGACCACCACACCAACCGCCACACUGACCACCACACCAACCGCCACACUGACCACCACACCAACCGCCACGCCAAUAACCACACUGACCACCACACCGACCGCCACACUGACCACCACACCAACCAUCACACUGACCACCACACCAACCGCCACUCCAAUAACCACACUGACCAGCACACCGACCACCACACUGACCACCACACCAACCGCCACACUGACCACCACACCAACCGCCACACUGACCACCACACCAACCAUCACACUGACCACCACACCAACCACCACACCAACCACCACACCAACCACCACACCGACCACCACACUGACCACCACACCAACCACCACACUGACCACCACACCAACCACCACACCAACCACCACACCAACCACCACACCGACCACCACACUGACCACCACACCAACCACCACACUGACCACCACACCAACCGCCAUGCCAAUAACCACACUGACCACCACACCGACCGCCACACUGACCACCACACCAACCAUCACACUGACCACCACACUGACCACCACACCAACUGCCACACUGACCACCACACCAACCACACUGACCACCACACCAACCGCCACGCCAAUAACCACACUGACCACCACACCGACCGCCACACUGACCACCACACCAACCAUCACACUGACCACCACACCAACCGCCACUCCAAUAACCACACUGACCAGCACACCGACCACCACACUGACCACCACACCAACCGCCACACUGACCACCACACCAACCGCCACACUGACCACCACACCAACCAUCACACUGACCACCACACCAACCACCACACCAACCACCACACCAACCACCACACCGACCACCACACUGACCACCACACCAACCACCACACUGACCACCACACCAACCACCACACCAACCACCACACCAACCACCACACCGACCACCACACUGACCACCACACCAACCACCACACUGACCACCACACCAACCGCCAUGCCAAUAACCACACUGACCACCACACCCACCGCCACACUGACCACCACACCAACCAUCACACUGACCACCACACUGACCACCACACCAACUGCCACACUGACCACCACACCAACCACCACACUGACCACCACACCAACCACCACACUGACCACCACACUAACCGCCACACUGACCACCACACUAACCGCCACACUGACCACCACACCAAUCACUACGCCGACCACCACACCGACCGCCACACUGACCACCACACUAACCGCCACACUGACCACCACACCGACCACCACACCGACCACCACACCAACCGCCACACCAACCGCCACACCGACCACCACACCGACCACCACACCAACCGCCACACCAACCGCCACACUGACCACCACACCGACCACCACAUCAACCACCAAGCCAAUAACCACACUGACCACCACACCAACCACCACACCGACCACCACACCGACCACCACACCAACCGCCACACUAACCGCAACACUGACCACCACACCAACCGCCACACUGACCACCACACCAACCGCCACACUGACCACCACACCAACCGCCACACUGACCACCACACCGACCACCACAUCAACCACAACCACACUGACCACCACACCGACCACCACACCAACCGCCACACUGACCACCACACCAACCGCCACACUGACCACCACACCAACCAUCACACUGACCACCACAUCAACCACCACACCAACCGCCACGCCAAUAACCACACUGACUACCACACCGACCACCACACCAACCACCACACCAACCACCACACCGACUACCGCACCAACCAUCACACUGACCACCACACCAACCACCACACCAACCACCACACCAACCACCACACUGACCACCACACCAACCACCACACUGACCACCACACCAACCGCCACGCCAAUAACCACACUGACCACCACACCGACCGAAAUGGGAAUAUACUGUGAAAAGAGCGAGUGGGCGAGCGGAGUGACCCCUGAGAGGACAUGUGCCAUGGGCGAGUGGAGUGACCCCUGA